AUUCCUGCAAGUAACUACUUGAUAUUACUACUAUACCACAAAAUUCCUAUAGAAGUCUGAAGAGAAGGAAUGUUGGACACUUCAUUCAUUCAUUCUAAAUGUAAAUCCGUUGCAUUAGUACAGAAUGUAUUUGAAUAGAAGUCUGUGUGUUUUCGCCACUUUGCUCAUCUGUACAUGGGCUUCUUCCUUCUUCGAUCUGGAAUGGAGUACAUGGAAGUCAAAAUACGAUAAAAAAUAUCCAACUACUAAGGAAGAGCAGUUGCGGAGAAAAAUUUGGGAAGACACUUGGCACAAAGUGGAGGAACAUAAUAGACGUGCGGACCGUGGCCUUUCCAAAUACUGGAUGGCAAUGAAUCAAUUUGCAGACAUAACACCUGAAGAAGUCAAAAGAAGGAGCUGCCUAAAAACAAAUGGGGCUGAAGCCUCGGCUCCCAGUUUAAGCUAUGGACUAAGAGAUGGGCUACCUGACCAUGUUGACUGGAGGGAGUCCAAGUGUGUGACAGAAGCAAAGAAUCAAGGGAUGUGCGGAUCAUGUUGGGCGUUUGCAACAGUGGGUGUGGUUGAAUCCCGACUCUGCAUAAAGAACCAUAAACUGAUAGCCCUGAGUGAGCAGCAGCUGGUGGACUGUGAUAAUGUGGAUGAGGCAUGUUGUGGCGGGCUCCCGAUUUAUGCACUGAAGUAUAUAACAGAGAAUGGAGUCAUGAAAGCUGAAGAUUAUGAAUAUGAAACAAGGCAAAAAGAGUGUGCAUUUAAGGAAGAUAAAGCAAUGACGUUGAAUUUAACCAAAUACUACAACCUGCCUGAUGAAAAUAGCAUGGUGUCUUCAGUGGCACUAGAGGGACCUGUGGCUGUAGGGUUUGCGGUAGACAUGGAUUUCAUGCACUAUAGCCGUGGAAUAUUUGACGGGGAUUGUGCAGAAAAUGCUAACCAUGCAAUUAUUGCUAUGGGAUAUGGCAUUGAAAAGGAUGAAGAUGGGGAGGAGCAGCCAUACUGGAUAAUAAAGAAUAGUUGGGGCGAAGAAUGGGGAGAAAAUGGCUUUGCAAAAGUCCAACGUGAUGUCAACAUGUGCAGCAUAUCAUCAUUUGCAGCCAGUUUUGACUUUCUGGAGUAAUUAUUAUGUGUCAAUAUUCUAUGAUCUUAUUCCUAUAAAGAUAUUCUUGUAAAAUGUGACAUUUAUCUAUAUAAUAAUUUCACUGACAUUAUUAUUACAUUUCCUGCUAUAACCUCUUAUCUUGCUCUAUGCUCUCUGUGAAUAAAUCA